CAGAUUCCUGCAGCAGCUGUGAUGAACCAGAAGAGGAUGUGAGAUCGAGAUGAAACCGGUCCUCUGCUGCCUCUUUAUUAAAAGAACACAGUUUAAUAAGACUUUUUAAAAACCGGAUACAGACUCAAACCAGAUCAGGCGAUAUGAUUUUAGCGCACGUGUCGUUUUUCUUGGUGUUUUCGUGGGUCGGAGCGGCGCGGAAAGAAGGAGACGAUGACUGGGUUCAUCUCCCCAACAAAUGUGAAGUGUGUAAGUUCGUGAGUAUCGAGAUGAAGUCGGCGUUCGAUGAGACGGGGAAGACGAAGGAGGUCAUCGACACCAACUACCGCUUCAUAGACAGCAAGGGAGCCCCGCCCAUCAAAUACGUCAAGUCAGACCUCAGAUUCAUCGAGGUUGUGGAGAAUGUGUGUCAGAGGCUGCUCGAGUACAAUCUGCACAAAGAGAGAACCGGCAGCAACCGCUUUGCCAAGGGCAUGUCAGAGACCUUCUCCACCCUUCACGGCUUGGUGAAUAAAGGAGUGAACGUAGUGAUGGAUAUUCCCUUCGAGCUGUGGAACGAGACAUCAGCAGAAGUGGCCGACCUGAAGAAACAGUGUGAUGUGUUGGUGGAGCAGUAUGAGGAGGUGAUUGAGGACUGGUACAAAGGAAGCCAGGAGGAAGAUCUGACCACAUAUCUGUGUGAUAAACACGUUCUCAAAGGACAGGACAAAGCCUGCCUGAGCGAAGAUUGGACCGCGAAGAAGAAGGGAGAUCUGGCUGCCAUCGCGGAGGACAAGAAGAAGAAGAAAAAGAAGAAGGUAGGGAAGAAGGGAAAGAGCAAGAGCGAGGAUGGAGUGGACGGAGGAGAGGAGACCACCAGGAAGAAGAAGGAGAAGAAAGUGAAGAAGAAGAAAAAGGGCAAAGCUCCCGCCGAGAAGAUGGAUGCUGGAGGGAUGACUUCGGACGAGGAGAUCCAGCCACAGGUGCUUCUGUCUGGGCAGAAGACGGAGCUGUGAGCCCCGGUCCUGGUACUGGUACUGGAUCAGCUUCGUUAGACAAAACUCUUAGUAAAAAUCAGUCUGCAGCUUGUGGAAAUGUCCUCAACAGAGUUUGAGAUGAGCUCUCGUACUGUUACACGCGGUUUUUAAAGUGUUUAUUUCAGUUUUUUGGAUGGUUCUCGCCAUGUGAGAGAAAAAUCAGCUGUCGUCAAGAUUUAGAACCGAUUAUCCAAAACUAACCAUCGAGUUUUUAAGGUUUUUUUUUUUCAUUUAGAAACAGGGUAGAGAUUUCUGGCACAACUUCACCUACUUCCAAAGGUGCAUGGGAAGAAGGGAAAAAAGUCCCAAAAAAGGCUAAAGCUCCAGCAACUUUAUUCGGAAGGCAACAUUUUCAGCUGGCCGCCUUCAUCAGGGUCAAAACACAUUACAAGCAGUAUUUAAAUGGGGUAUUUAAAAAGCAAAAAAAGUUUAAGUAGGUACAAAAAUUUCCCAAUUAUGUGCAUCGGCCGAUGAGGUACAGUAUCUACAAGAUGACUGGCCAGAAGUCAAAUAACUAUAUACCCAACACAUCUUGGUAGAAACCCUCAUUGGCUGCUUUGUAACCCUUUUUAAAUACUGCUUGUAAUGUGUUGAAUGAUGACCCUGAUGAAGGCUUGUUUGCUCUAUUAAUAAAGUUCUUUACUACACGAUUUGCUGGAGCUUUGACUUUAUCUUGAGGUUUUCGUUUUGCCCAUUUGACUUUUUUUGUCGCCUCAUUUCAGGUGUGUGAAGGGAAUGCAGACUAAUCUCGAUUGAAACUAACAUUGUGUUUGCUUAAAGGAUAAUUCUGGUUCAUUACAACAUGAAGGAUUUAACUUCUUUUUUCCUUCUUUUUUGCCU